AUGGCUGCCUUGGAGGAACGGCUUCCUCCGCCGCAAGACCUGAGCCACCACUUUUCCGAAAUCACCAAAAGGCGGACACCCAGUUCCAUCAAGGAGUUUUAUAGAUUCUUCGCUAUCCCCAACAUCGGAAACCUUGGCGGAGGUCUGCCCAAUGACGAGCUUUUCCCAUUCGACACCCUCGAGGCGCAGACGGCCAACCCAGAUCGCUACCAAUGUACACCAAACCACCCCGUGUCCGCGCGCCAGGGCAGUGUGCCCGUCGCGGAGAAGAACAAGGCGCCGCAAAGCGACACCAAAACAGCAUCGUGGCGCAUCAAGGUGCCCAAGUCGACGCCGCAGACUGAUCCGGUAAAACGCAUCGACCUGUCCACCGCGCUCCAGUACGGCACCGCCGGCGGCUACCCUCCGCUCCUCUCUCUGAUCCGCCAGUUCACGCGGGAGCUGCUGCACCCGACCGUCCCGUACCGAGGCGGGCCCGAGGUCAUCAUCACCUGCGGCUCGACCGACGGCUUCUCCAAGACGGUCCAUCUCAUCAGCAACGCGUGGAACCCGGACCGCGAUCCCGUCGCCAGCCGCGCCGGCAUGCUGUGCGAGCGCUACGUGUACAACAAUGUGCUCGCCUGUGUCGAGCCCAGAGGGAUCCAGGUCGUGCCUGUUGACAUUGACGCGGACGGCAUGAUGGCCAACGGGCCCGGCGGUCUGCAAAGUGUCUUGGAGAACUGGGAUCCCCGACAGGGAAGGCGCCCGCAUUUCAUGUAUUCGGUAACAAUGGGCCACAACCCGACUGGCACUGUCAUUUCGGUGGAGCGACGACGCGAGAUCUACGCCAUCUGCCAGCGGUUCGACAUCAUCAUUGUCGAAGAUGACCCGUACUGGUAUCUGCAGUUUGCGUCCGCCGCUGAACGCGAGGCAGAGUCCAGAGGUUAUGCGGCCAGACCGGCCGCGCCGUACACGCCCCCAAAGCUGACCGGGUACGAUUUUCUUGAUUCUCUCGUUCCUUCGUAUUUGAGCAUGGAUGUAGAUGGGCGCGUCAUUAGACUGGACACCUUUUCCAAGACUAUUGCGCCUGGGUGUCGAUUAGGCUGGAUCACAGCUCAGCCGGCUUUCAUUGAGCGAUUGGAAAGAAUCACCGAAACGACUACCCAACAACCGUCUGGUUUCGUGCAAGCGAUGGUUGUUGAGAUGUUGAUGGGACCUUCUCAGAAAGAGAAGAUCUCGUCCUUUCAUCAGCUCAGCGCCAAGGAAAAGGCGCAGUUCAAGAGCUGGGAGCUGGACGGCUGGGUUCGGUGGCUCGAGGGGCUGCGCGGCGUCUACGAACGAAGGAUGCUGCGCAUGUGCUCUCGGCUCGACGAGAGCCUGUUCCAGCUGAAGCAGUCGACGCCCGUCAGCGACCUCGACUCGGACUGGGGCGUCAUCACCAAGACGCGCAUCAUGUCGUACGACUGGCCGCGCGGCGGCAUGUUCGUCUGGGUGCGCAUUCACCUCGAGAACCAUCCGCUGUGGCAGGCCAAGGGCGCCUCUGUCCCGGUGCUGGACGGACCGGCCCUGGGGCAGGCGCUCAUGAUUUUCCUGACGCACAAGCCGCAGCUGGUCAUUACCGCGCCCGGCGCCAUGUUUGCGGCCACGCCGCAUGUGGCGGCGGAGACGGCGUGGGCGUAUCUGCGGCUGUGCUUUGGCACAGAGACGGAGGCGAAGAUCGAGCCCUGCUCGCGGCGCUUCGCGGCCGGACUGCAGAGGUUCUGGCGCAUCAAGAGCGUCGAGGAGAUGGAGCGUCUGGUCGCGGAGCUGAGAUCGUCCAGCGAGCCGGAGCUGGAGCAUCUGGCCAACCUGGGCUUUGAGAGCGAUGAGUAA